GUCUGGGGGAAAAAAACUAACAAUCGUACUGAUCGCGAGCACACAGACCAAUAGAUUGCUACGUUAACCGAGUUUCUAAAAGACGUUGAUAAGGUUGUACUUUGAAUUAUUGAACUUCCACGAACCAACUGAAGCAAUUUAAAUGGCAGAGGAACACAUCGAGUCGAAGCUGAAAAUACUUCUAAAACAACAGAAAAUUCUACUUUGGAAUCCCCCCUACACAACUGACAAUGAGACAGGACAACAGUCUUUGAAGGAACUUGCCAGCUCAUAUGCCCCCCUGCUGGGUUUUUCGAUCUCUGUUGUGGAAAGUGCUUUGGAGAUAAUUCGAUCCCAGGCUGUCAAGAGAGGAGAGGGCAAUAGCACCUACAAGCAGACAUGUGUGGCUACUCUGGAGCUCAAUCUCCCUAAAGAAUUCAGAGAGGAUGCAAAGAAAAAGAAUUACAUUGAAACCAAACUGGAUAUUACUGUGCAAGAACUCAUGAACAAGAUAUUUGAAAAAUAUGGACUCAAAUACAUCAAGUUAAUUUUGAAUGGCAAGACUCUGAACCCAGAUAUGAGACUUGAUGAACAGAAUGUGAAGCACAAUGGCAAGAUGAUGGUCUUGAAGGUGAGUGAACCAGAGAGACAAAGAUUGAUGAAGGAGGAAGAAGAGAAGAAAAGAUCUCAGGAUGAAAGUGUGAAGAGGACUAAGAAAGGAUUCCAGAUUCUGUCAGAAAGAGAUGGGAGCGAUGACCCAGAAACCACCCCAUUUUUGGAAAUUGCUGACCAGAAAGGCAAUCCCCUCAAAAUCCCAGCCAAUGAGAAAAAGGCUCUGAUUUUGGCGAUGGGCUUUCACGAGAAAGGCCGAGCAUUAAUGAAGAGGAAGGAGUACGAUGCAGCACUGUGCCAUUUCCUGCAAGCCGAUGAACAGUUUAGUAAGUGUGGCUCCACGCUGCUCACCACGGUGGAUAACUAUGCAGUGCUGCAGCUGGACAUCGUGUGGUGCUAUCGAGCGCUCGAGGCCCUUUCCUGCUUGGAUGACGGCAAGCAGAGGCUGCAGAAAGCGGAGGACUGCUUCCUCAAGUGCUACGGAGAGCAGCACGAGAGACUCCGGCAGAUCAAGGGGAACACAGGACGUGAAGAGGUGCUUUUCCUGAGGCUCUAUCUGCUACAGAGUUUACUGUCAUACCUGGACGGCAAUGAGAAACAAGCGGCUGAGAUAUUAAAAAAGGUGGAGGACCUUUACCAGAGGCUCUGCUUGGACCCCAAUAAGAUGACACAGCUGAUGAGCCUGAGCUUCACGGAGCAGGAGGCUCGCCUAGGCCUGCGGGCCUGCCAGGGCAACGUGGAUGAAGCGGCCAUACUCAUCAUUCAGAGGAGAACGGAAAAGGAGGCAAUGAAACGGAGCGAGAGCGAAAAGAGAAGACGGCGCCUCGAGGCCAUCGACACCCUCGUGCAGCUGGGCUACUCCAAGAAAGACGCAGGGAAAGCGCUCAGCCAGACUGGCGGGGAUGUGGACAAGGCCUUUGUGAUUCUUCUAGAUAACGUCCGGCCCUCAAUGGCCACCAACAACAACCCUGACAGCGCUGACUCUGACCCUGACAGGGAAAAUAAGAUCCUGCAGUUGAUAUACAUUGGCUUUGAGAGGGACAUAGCUGAGACUGCUCUCAGACUGACGCGGGGUAAUGUCCAGCUGGCCUCCCAGAUGAUAAUGGACCACCAGGGAACCCUGCCCCCAGAACUCCUCUCCCCCUCCCCCCCCUCCUCACUGUCCGAGGAGCCCAGCACCUCCUCAGAGUCUGCAGGCUCCGGGGGAGGCACGGAGGAGGACCCCAUGGACGUAGACCUGGUGAACGAAGUCCUGGAAGACAUCCCCAGACAUGAGGAGGACUACCUGGACCUCACUCUGGAGGAGGAGAGCGAAGUCAUAGCCCAGAUAAAGUCGUAUCUCGAAAAUUACACGCCAUCCAGCUAGAAACUGCCCAGUCCUUUGCGCAGGCUUGUCAAUCUGCGUUCUUAUUGGACAGUAUUGUGCAGAUUUGGCUAAAUUGACACAUUUCAUUAUUGGUCAGAUACCGGUUUAAACUACAAACAUAAAUUCAAUCUAGACCGCAUUUAACUGAAUCUUGGGGCAUACAUAAUUCUGGAUCCAAGAGCAUACAUAAUCACCCAUAUUAGCAAAAACAAACAAAGAAAAUCUCCAGUCUUCUGGAGCUGAGUUUAACAUGUUUGGAAAUGCAUUUUACUCCAGCAAGCUUUAUUUCACUGUCAAUUUUCAAGUUUUUAAUCUUUCUUGCACUAAUUAAUACGAAGUGUAAUGGCUCCAAUAUUUCUCCAAUAGUAGAUACUGUAUGUUUAUAUACUCUAUUUGUAUUUAUGUUUGCCUCGGACCUGAGACCCAUACAUCAGUCAUUUAGACUGUUUUUCAUUGAAAUUAUGAAGGUGUUACUGCAGCUGUAAAAUCACCUACAAAGGUUGCCUUUUUCUUUCUGUCUUAAUUUUUUUUAAUGUAUGGGUUGUUUUCUGGUUUAUUGAAGGAUAUUUUAUUUUAUUUACAAUCCUUGCUAUAACAUCAAAAUGCCACAAUCUGUAGUGCCAAAUGACAAGUUCAGUUGUUUCAAGGCAGUGUUUUGCUGGAUAUGCAAUAAAUAACAUUUUGUUUGAUGGA